CUUUUGUAAAAAAAAAAACAGCUGGACCUAUAAUCUGCAGAAUGCUGAGUUACCCCCCAACUCGCCGAGCAUUAGCCGUGGGAUGUGGCUUACAGAUGUUCCAGCAGCUCUCGGGCAUCAACACUAUCAUGUACUACAGCGCAACCAUCCUGCAGAUGUCCGGCGUGGAAGAUGACAGACUUGCAAUAUGGCUGGCUUCCAUUACAGCGUUCACCAAUUUCAUUUUCACACUGGUGGGAGUCUGGCUCGUGGAGAAGGUGGGCCGCAGGAAGCUCACCUUUGGCAGUUUGGCAGGUACCACAGUAGCACUUACAAUUCUUGCCUUGGGAUUUCUGCUCUCAGCUCAGGUCUCACCACGGGUCACUUUCAGACCAACGGCUCCCUCGGGUCAAAAUGCCACCUGCACAGAAUACAGUUACUGUAAUGAGUGUAUGCUGGAUCCAGACUGCGGUUUCUGCUACAAGAUCAACAGUUCGGCUGUCAUUGAUUCCUCCUGUGUUCCGGUGAACAAAGCGUCCACCAACGAAGCAGCCUGGGGCAGGUGUGAAAACGAAACCAAGUUCAAAGCAGAAGAUGUUCACUGGGCUUACAGUUUCUGCCCUACCCCGUACUCCUGGACAGCACUUGUGGGCCUGGUGUUAUAUCUUGUUUUCUUUGCACCCGGAAUGGGACCAAUGCCCUGGACCGUGAACUCUGAAAUCUAUCCUCUCUGGGCAAGAAGUACAGGAAAUGCGUGCUCAGCUGGGAUAAACUGGAUUUUCAACGUGCUGGUUUCACUGACCUUUUUACACACAGCGGAGUAUCUUACAUACUAUGGAGCGUUCUUCCUCUACGCCGGAUUCGCCGCUGUGGGACUGCUUUUCGUCUAUGGCUGUCUUCCUGAAACCAAAGGGAAAAAACUAGAGGAAAUCGAAUCACUCUUCGACCACCGGCUGUGCACCUGCGGCACCGCGGACUCGGACGAGGGCAGGUACAUCGAGUACAUCCGCGUGAAGGGAAGCAACUACCAUCUCUCCGACAACGACGCCUCGGACGUGGAGUGACUUCCACACGAUGACUUCCCGGUUACUGAAGCGAACGUGUCGGGAAGGCCAGCGGUUGGUCACUGCCCUGCUCACAAGCCGAGUCUCCCCACAGUCCUUGCCAAUGACUCCAUAUUCCAGAAGACUCGAUGAGCAGAAAAAUACAACUGUGGUGAUGUUUAUUUUCAUACACAGAAAUGCUAAAAAAAAUAAAUAAAUAACCACAGAUUUUUCUUAGGCAAAUGUGUACAAGCCCUUCCCGAGACAAUCUAAACACUACUGUUGUACCCAGCGACUUCAGUUGGGGUCCCUUUCUCCUUAAACCACACAUAAUUAGUGGCAAUACAGUCAGUGCUUACAUAGGCAGAUUAUUUACGUAUAUUUAUAAAGGAUUAUUUAAAACGAUCUAAGAAUAUUUAAUGUCAAAACACGGCCUAUUGACCCUAAAUUUUCAUAUCAGGUAGUGGCUUUUCUCUGAUCAGUACAGAGUGAAUCCCAUCUAAACUUCCCUCCACAAAUUCCGAAGUCCUACGAGGACACAGCUGUCCCUUUCGCCUUUGGAUUCCAGAUGUUGGCUUCUCCAACACAGAUGUGGAAAUUCCCUCAGAGGCUGAAUACACAGGAGCUUUUGAACACUAUCCAAAGCGGGCCUUUUAAGGGUUAUUUUCGUACUCUUUUUGCAUCAGUGAUGAGUAUAUUUGCAGAGACACGUUAGCAUGUUUUGAUAAGUAUAUUUUAUUGUCCGAGUAAGAAAGAACAGAUUUUUAUAUGCCCCGAUUCGUGAGUCACUUCGGAAUGCAGUCGUAGACGUGAAGCAGCGCCAGGCGGUCAACUGCGUUCCAGGGUGGGUUCCACCCCAGAUUCUGCAUUGUCACGCCUGGCCCCUGCUGUUCUGUGCCUUCCUGGGUGUCGAAUGACAGCUGCUGGCACAAGAGGAAAGAAGUCAGUGGCCGAGACGUUAUCGACAUUUAAUUUAAAUCCUAGGACUUCUUUCUCCAGGUGUUUUAUUGGUCCGUACUGAGGACAGGAGCGCACCCCACUUCUAAUUACUUGCGAUCUCCCGCUGAGGACGUGAGCUACUUUCUAAUUUCGUGUUCUCUGCUCAUUCUCAGUAAUUUGCUGCACAAGCAAAAUUCGAAGCUGUGUCUGCUUCUCAUCUCAGACUUGGUUUGGUUUCUGUCUGGAGAAAUCUCGGUUUCUCCAUUGGAAAAGAAGACCUAGCCAGGUUCUUAAUGCCACAGUCAGUAUUGUGUCUCUCAAAGUAUUUGAUGGUUUCUAUGUUCGCUCAACCCUGAGUUCCUAAUUCUUACCACCCUAUGGAGAGCUAUGUGAUACAAACAAAAUUACUUGCUCACAAACGUCAUUUAUCUGUGUGUUCUUCCAAAGCUAAGGCUGAAUCUAAGGGCCAGUUAGGGACAAACCAGUUUGAUGCUGCACGCGAUCUAAGCAUCUGAUUGAGUUACGUACCCAGGUGAAUGAUGACUAGUGACACACGA